AUGGCUUCAGCACAGCAACAGCAAGAUCUAAAGCUCUUCUUCGAAUAUCAAGGAGUCGACGAAAACAACCUAAAUCGACUACAUUACGUUCAAAAGUUCACGGAUUUCCAGUUUUUCCGACUAGCUAACCCCGUAUACUCGUCGUUCGAUAAAGCCUACAUCAAGUGGUUACAACAACCCAUUUAUCAAGAAAUGGAAAAUAAUACAAUUCUUACACAACCAUCCCAGACACCGACCUUUUUCAAUGCGCCACCACCGUACACGUCACCGCCUAUCCUGAACAAUGUGAACGAAUGCUAUAAUACAGACCUAUUAAAUAUCAUGAACCCGAUAAACCCGAAUAUUUUAUACAACAACAACGAUGCAGAAUAUCUAAUGACUGACACAACCACCGAAGUACUAGAAUCGAGUAGCGAUAAUCAAUCUCCAGCAACGUCCCCCGUUACCGUACAACCUCCCGCAACCCCCGUAAAAAAAACGCUAACUCCUAUGGGUAAAAACAUAAACAAUUUAAAGAAAAGUCUAAAACGAAAAGCGUCUUCGUCCACUCCUAAAAGUGGUCGUCCAAACAAACAUGUACAUCUUACGCGAAUUGCAAACGACCAAGCAGACGAGGAGAAAAUAAGCUCGCAAGAUGUGAUUCUCUACGCAUUAGACGGAUCGGAGAAAAAACGAAAAACAAUUCUUACUACUAGCAACGAAACUCUUGAAACCUAUAACAUGAAACAUUAUCAAUGCUAUAUAUACCUAGGAGAAAAACGCGAACGAGCAUUAGAGAAAAUUAAAAUACAAAAAGAAAAACUAGAAAAAUUUUGUUAUCUUGAAAAAUUUACAAUAGAAGCGUUAAAAAAUCGUAAAAGUAGAAAACUCGAAAAAAAUGUUCUGUAAAUAAUUGUAUAAAAAUAAUUAAUAAAUGAUAUAAAAAUUGUAUGCGUGUAAUAUAUCACUACCUGAAAAACACCCGUAAUUUCGGGUUACCGAACCCCGAAACAUGACCCCACAACCCGCAAACACCCGCGUGACACCCCAAAAGCGGGCGCAAGAGCAUAAAAGAGCGCGAACUUCAAAUCCAAAAUCAGUUCGGUCGACCGCGGCUUUGGAGUAACAUCUCGCCCCAGCCCCUCCCGUAAAACCCGUUCUCGUAAGAACGAAACUGUGCCCACCCCCCCAAAAAACAAACACACACACCCUCCAGAGCCGCACGGCGGGACAUAACAUUCCUGAAGUCACAUGACCACCAAAACUCCCCCCGUCCGUACAGCCCACCACGCCCAUGGCCAACGCCCACUUGGACACUCUCGCGUAAUACUAAUUCCAGUUAAAUUUUUCUGGUUCCCGCUCCCCCUUGUUUUUUUAUUGUAUAUAUAUAUAUAACGACUACUAACGGGGAACACACCAUAUUCCGUGAUCGGUGUGGACUUUGCGGGUCCUAUUCUUUACCGUGCAAGCAAGAAAAUUGAAAGGAAAGCUUACUUAGUGGUUUUCGCGUGCAGCCUCACACGAGGAGUACACCUGGAACUGUUAAAGAGCCUUGAAACUGAAGAGUUUCUACAAAGUUUUAAACGCUUUAUUGCCCGACGAGGAAGACCUUCAGUCGUGUAUUCCGACAACGGAGCCACCUUUAAAGCGGCAGUAACAUGGCUAAGGAAAGUUUGGAAAGAAGAGAAAUUCCACGAAGCUCUUUGCAAGCUUGAGAUUGUUUGGCGAUUCAACCUCGCGAAAGCACCAUGGUGGGGUGGUCAAUACGAGCGCCUCAUUGGUAUUUUCAAAUCUAUGUUUCGUAAGACAGUCGGGGGUGGACUCUUGUCCUUUUCGGAACUAGAAGAAAUCGUGCUCGACGUAGAAGUGUGCAUGAACAACCGUCCCCUAACAUACUUGGAGGAUGAUCCUCAGCUGCCUGUCUUGACACCAAACUCGUUUCUGUUCCAACAACCAACAGCAGUACCAGAGCUACAACCUCAUCAAUUAAAAGAGCGUGACCUGAAGAAACGUCUUAGGUUCCUUUGUACAACGAAAGAUGGACUAUGGAACCGCUGGACACGAGAGUAUCUCACAGGACUAAGGGAGAGACAUAAAAUUGUUCGUGGAUCUAAAGCAGAAUGCCCAAAUGUAGGAGAUGUUGUCAUUGUUAAGGGAGAAAACAAGAAUAGAAAUACCUGGAAACUGGGAAAGAUCGUCCGACUUAUUACCGGCAGAGACGGAGUGGUGCGAGGCGUAGAGCUACAAACGGGGAAUGGAAGACUGGAGCGACCGUUGCAACUAAUUUACCCUUUGGAACUUCAUUGCGACCAAGAGGCUGUCGAACGGGAAACUCCACCACUUAAUGCACAAGCGAAAGAAUUCAGACCUAAAAGGAAAGCGGCAGAGACUGCAGCAGCGAAGAUCAAUAAAGUACUUGCGGAGGAAGAGGAGACGGUGAUAGAUUGA